UAAAACACACACUACCUUGUCAGUAGUAAGGGGUUGGGUGCGCCCACCCUAGCCCUCCGUGUUCCGUCAUCAGCGUGUCGUGCAAAUCACAGAGCGGUCCUAUAAACGGCGCAUCAGCCGACCUGCGCACAGUGAGCGUGUCGCCGCGCACAGACAUGGACAUGAGAACACAAGCCAGGACCACCAGUGCUUCCCUGUAAAAGGCAGAACUCUCGGCUAACAUCCGCCGCUCAGACCCGUUAUCAGCAAUCCUUUCGCUCGGCCCUUGGCAGCGUGUGUGUUUUGGCACUUGUGUUAACGUGCAGACAGAUGCUAUUUUUUGCUUUGGUUUCAGUCAUUAUUGACUUCCUCCAUGCCAAAGAACGGGACAGGAUUAUAAUUCCCUCUUGGAUUUAAAAGUCAUCGACUUAACUCAUCACCCGACUUCUUGUUUACACGCCUGGAAAUUGCGCACGGAGAUGGCGCAAAGGUACGAUGAGCUCGCUCAUUACGGAGGCGCUAUGGAUGGAGUCGGAGUCCCCACCUCUAUGUACGGAGACCCACAUGCCCCCCGGCCGCUGCCGCAGGUCCACCACCUGAACCACGGGCCGCCCCCGCACCCGACUCAGCACUAUGGAGCCCACGCCCCGCACAACAUCAUGCCCAGCAGCAUGGGCAGCGCCGUCAAUGACGCACUGAAGAGAGACAAGGACCAAAUCUACGGCCACCCUUUAUUCCCUCUGCUGGCUCUGGUGUUCGAGAAGUGCGAGCUGGCGACCUGCACGCCCAGAGAGCCCGGGGUGGCGGGAGGUGACGUUUGCUCCUCCGACUCAUUCAAUGAAGACAUAGCCGUGUUUGCCAAACAGAUUCGCGCAGAGAAGCCUUUAUUUUCCUCCAACCCAGAGCUGGAUAACCUGAUGAUUCAAGCAAUUCAAGUCCUACGAUUUCAUCUCCUGGAAUUAGAGAAGGUUCACGAGCUCUGUGACAACUUCUGCCACCGGUACAUCAGCUGCCUCAAAGGCAAAAUGCCCAUCGACCUGGUGAUAGAGGAGCGUGACGUGUGCAAGUCGGACUUCGACGACCUCUCAGGAUCCUCCACUAACCUCGCGGAUCACAACCCAGCAUCCUGGAGAGACAUGGAUGACGCCCACUCCACGCCUUCUGUGGGCACCCCGGGACCAUCCAGCGGGGGCCACGUCUCACAGAGUGGAGACAGCACCAGUGAACUCGGAGAUGGCCUAGACAACAGCCUAGCAUCACCGGGCACGGGAGACGAGGAUGAUCAGGACAAGAAGAGACAGAAGAAACGGGGCAUCUUCCCCAAAGUGGCCACAAACAUAAUGAGAGCAUGGCUCUUUCAACACCUUACGCACCCCUAUCCCUCAGAAGAACAGAAAAAGCAGCUAGCACAAGACACAGGCCUCACCAUCCUUCAAGUGAAUAACUGGUUUAUCAAUGCACGGAGGCGAAUAGUCCAACCUAUGAUUGACCAGUCCAACAGAGCAGUAAGUCAGGGUACAGCUUACAGUCCAGACGGCCAGCCAAUGGGAGGCUUCGUUCUUGAUGGGCAACAGCACAUGGGUCUCCGACCUGGAGGACCGAUGGGUGGCAUGGGUAUGAACAUGGGCAUGGACGGGCAGUGGCAUUACAUGUAAAUCCUCUCUACCGAGGCAAGCCUGAAAAACAGGGUUAUGCCUCCAUGGUUGGCUCAGGGAUACUCUACCAUCUGGCUGUUGUAGCUCAGUACCGGAGCUGCUUCUGCAGCCACCACGCCAAACCCAGCUGACCAUCCACCCACUUGACCACUCCCACGCCACCUUCCCUGAACCAGCACGUUGCACGCGUGUAAAGGAUCACCGUAGAAAUGCCUAACCGCUGCGUCAGAGGCCGCCUACAGAGUUUGACUUUAAACUGAACCAGGGGCUCAGUGCAAAGCUGAGAAGCACGGCUGCACGGAAAAUAAGAAGACCAAGGACUUCAUAGUGACUAAAAGCCGUCUGACACAUCUCCUCCAUUUCGUUUUAAAUUAUUUAUUUAUUUUUCUACAAUGGCGGACCACCGGGAGAACGAUUUUUCUCCCUCCUUCUCCUUUUUUUAAAUUAAAGCUUUACUCUCAAACCCCCUGAAUAUGCCCAUCCCCUCCGAUUAAAGCUGUACACAAACACGUAGGCUGAGGAAUAUCUUCCAAAUAGGUGGACUCGGUGAGGUGUUUUAAUUGUUGUGCUAUAGGCCUAUAGAUUUUUGCUCCUUAAUUGCUUGUUUCUAUCCAUGUUUCGGCUUGUGGUCACUAGACCUGGAGGGAACUUUAACCACUCAUAGCCUAUGUUUUCUUUUUUCAGUUCCAGCUAAAACCAAGAAUUUAAAAGUUUGGGGUUUUUUUUUCUCUUGCUUCUGUUCUCAGUGCACUGCAUUUCUUUCUUCUGCUUUCACUCUGCUUGUGUUUCUAUAAACCGGGAC